AUCUGAAGACACAAAUCCCUUAGGGCUUGCAUCGGGAAGGUAAUCCAAAGUAAAACUUAACCCGCUGUGGUGAUCUCUAAUGACAAAGGAGUAACAAAAAGUGGCUUUGGUUUGCCAUACACGGACUCAAAUAAGUGCAACGCCAUCCAUCCGUCUCCUAGCAACAGACCUUUUUCACCCAGACGCACAGCAUGGCAAAAUUUGUACUCGCCGGAAAAACAGACUGCCCUUAUUAUGCCAAAGCAGAGCUUUUAGCAGACACCCUCCAGCAGUGUUUGCCAGACUUCAAGAUCCAUAAGAUCUCCAUCCUCCCAGAUGAAUGGAAGGAAUGGCUGGGGGCCACGUGUGAAAAAAAUAAAUGGAAACAUGAGGGCUCCCCUUUGGUUUGGAGGGAACUGGUGGAGCAAGGGGGCAAAGGGAUGCUCUUGGGGGGCUUCAAUGACUUCCUAGAGCACUGCCAGGAUUACUACGGCAUCACGUCAGACAUGACCACAGACGUCAUGCUGAGUGUUGCAGCAGAGAAUCUGGAGGCCAAAAUGAAUCUCAUCAAAGAAGAGCAGCAUCGCGCCAGUCUUAUUCAACCGCUUCAUGUUUGGAUAACUGGUGCUCUCAACCCAACAUGCCAAGUCCUGAUCCCCAGUCUGCUCUCCCCCGAGGUGUUUCCCAAAGUUUCUGCAAUCAGCCUCCACCUACUGGACCUGGAGGGAAACGAGGAGCAGUUACAGAGCCUGAGGUUGGAGAUCGAGGAGCUGGCAAUCAGCAUGCUCCACCAGGUAACUACUGACACAGAUCUGGAGCGAGCCUUCAGGAAGGCGGAUGUCAUCCUCCUUUUAGAUGAUGGGGGGCACGAUGGAGAAAAUGAGGGUGAGGAAGUAAAGAAGAAGAAGGUAAAUGUGAUCUCAGAGCGCUACAAAGAAUACGGGCAACUGAUCGAUGCAACAGCCAAGGAGACGGUGAAGGUGAUCGUGUCCGGCGACUCGUUUCUCAACCUGAGGUGCUCGCUUCUUGUGGACAGUGCGCGCUCCAUCGACAGCCACCAGUUUAUGGCUGCUGCAGCUCAACUGGAGAACGAAGCCAAGGCUGUACUUGGGAAGAAGAUGAGAAUGAGGCCGUCAGAUAUUACAGAUGUAAUAGUGUGGGGAAAUAUCAGCGGUACUUUCUACAUUGACCUGCAGAGGGCAAAAGUUUUCAACCAUAAUGGGCCAAUCACAGGACCAGCUUUCUUUUCCCAGCCACUUCUAAGCAUUUUUCCUGACAGGAAAUGGUUGGAAACAGACUUUCACCACUUGGUACGCAGGCGGCGUCUAGCUGUGACUUCAAAGACAGGCCAAGUAGCCGCCCCAUCAGCUGCCAAUGGGAUCCUCACUGUCUUGAAAGCUUGGAAUGGUGCUAGUGGUCCAGAUGUUCUGUCUUCGGGUGUAGCUUGCCCAGGGCAUUACAGUCUCCCAGAUGGCAUUGUCUUCUCAGUUCCAGUUACCUUCACAGAUGGCAAGUGGUCAGUAGUGUCUGAGUUGAUCGUUGAAAAUGAGCUCAAGCACAGGCUUGAGCUCUCAGUAAGUGAACUGCAGCAGGAAAAGCAGUUUGGAUCAGACAGCGGCACAACCUAAUAAAGCUGUUGUUUAAAGCAAGCAUGCUCAUUUCCAUGUCUAUAUUUUAGUUUUUUUA